AUGGCCGCCGAACCUGUUACCAAUGGCUCGGGUGCCAAUAAUAAGAAAGUGGCCUACUUCUAUGACUCUGAUGUCGGCAACUAUGCCUAUGUUUCGGGUCACCCCAUGAAGCCUCAUCGCAUUCGUAUGACCCACAGCCUGGUCAUGAACUAUGGGCUGUACAAGAAAAUGGAAAUUUAUCGUGCGAAGCCGGCUUCGAAGUACGAGAUGACCCAAUUUCACACCGACGAGUAUAUCGACUUCCUCUCGAAGGUAACGCCAGACAACAUGGACCAAUUUUCAAAAGAACAAAGUCGCUAUAACGUCGGGGACGAUUGUCCAGUCUUUGAUGGCUUGUUCGAAUUCUGCGGUAUUAGUGCUGGAGGCAGUAUGGAAGGCGCCGCUCGCCUGAACCGCGGCAAGUGCGAUGUAGCCGUCAACUGGGCAGGUGGUCUCCACCAUGCAAAGAAAAGUGAAGCAAGCGGCUUCUGCUAUGUCAAUGAUAUCGUCCUCGGCAUUCUAGAAUUGCUCCGGUUCAAGCAGCGAGUCCUCUAUGUCGAUAUUGAUGUCCAUCACGGUGACGGUGUCGAAGAGGCUUUCUACACUACAGAUCGGGUCAUGACCGUGUCAUUCCACAAAUACGGCGAGUACUUCCCCGGCACUGGCGAGCUUCGUGAUAUCGGUGUAGGGUCAGGAAAGUACUACGCAGUGAAUUUCCCUCUGCGUGAUGGAAUUAAUGAUGCCUCCUACAAGAGCAUCUUUGAGCCUGUCAUUAAGAGUGUCAUGGAGUGGUAUCGUCCGGAGGCUGUGGUGCUUCAGUGCGGUGGUGACAGUCUAUCUGGGGACCGUCUCGGGUGCUUUAAUCUGAGUAUGCGGGGCCAUGCCAACUGCGUCAACUUCAUUAAAAGCUUCGAUCUGCCGACACUCAUUCUUGGCGGUGGUGGUUACACCAUGAGGAACGUUGCGCGCACCUGGGCCUACGAGACGGGUAUCCUCGUUGGAGACAACCUUACAUCCGAGUUGCCUUACAACGACUACUAUGAGUACUUCGCCCCGGAUUACGAGCUUGAUGUCCGCCCGUCAAACAUGGACAAUGCCAACACCAAGGAUUAUCUGGACAAGAUUCGCAAUCAAGUUGUUGAAAACCUGAAGCGCACCGCAUUCGCCCCAUCUGUUCAGAUGACUGAUGUUCCUCGCAACCCAAUUCUCGAUGGAAUGGAUGACGAGGCCGAUGACGUUCUUGAUGACCUGGACGAGGACGAGAACAAGGACAAGCGCUUCACGCAGCGUCGGUUCGACCAGUACGUCGAGAAACCUGGCGAACUCAGCGAAAGCGAGGACGAGGAAGAAAAUGCCGCGAAUGGUGUUCGUCGCCAGCCUGGUGUAGUGCGUCGCCGAAACAUCGCCAAUUACAGAAACAUCGAUGCCGCCGAUUCCGGACUCGACAGUGGAAUGGCGACUCCAUUGGAUGCAUCCUCAAUUGCUGACAACGACAUGGAAGGCGCCGCCGACACUAAAAUGGCAGAUCUCCCAGUCUCUGAGUCAGGACCCGCGGCUGUUGCCGAUGCGGAGGAUACGCCGAUGGCAGAGUCUGAGCAAUUGGCGGCGGACGCCGAGGAUAAGGGCGACUCUGCGCUGGUCUCACAACAGCCUUCGCCUUCCGCCCGCGACGAAGACACGGCCAUGGAAGAUGUUGAGUCGGCCGUUGACGGUACUGGACUGGUAAAGCCCUCAGCUACCUCAGAGGAAACGAAGCCGGAGGCAACGCCUGUAGCCGAGGACUCGAACAAGACACCCGCUCCUUCUUCUCGGGCUCAGUCAGUAGUGAAGGAAUCCACCCCACCUGCCGCAGAGGUUUCUGUCCCCACUGGCGACGCCGAGAAAACGGAGCCUGCAUCAAGCGAUACUCCCGCGGAACCGGCCAAGAAAGAGGAAUGA